AUGACAGUAUUGAAAGUGGAGCGGCCACAACGAGAACAUCAAUUUUCGAGACACGACGUUCAAGGUCUCGCAACGAACGCUCUUCAGCCCGACAAUAUUCACAGUCCACAGAACGGAACACGGACUUACAUUACUAUCAUCGAUGAUUUGGCAAACAAUCUUAUAAAUGCACAACCCCCGUAUACAUGGCGAUCUUCAUCUAAUGAAAGGAACACCGUCACGGCUGCGCCGAUGGAAAACUAA